CAAUCCGCCUUCAUCAUAUCCUCCCAUCCCCAUCUUCUCGCCCAUUUCCACGUCCUCUUUGUGUGAUCAUACCCAAUACUCCUUAGAUACCCCUUUCUUCAGAUCUACAAUCUCUCUACUUACAGUGACGCCUCGUCACCAUGUCCGAAACCUUGUUGAAGCCGGAGAAGGACUUCUCCAAGGAUGCUGACAAGCUAAUCCCCGAGGCAGAGCAGCUUGCCAAGACUGAUGUGCAAGGUGCCAUUGACAAGCUUCUGGUGUUGGAGAAGCAGGCCAGACAGGCUUCCGAUCUGUCCACCACAUCCCGAAUCAUCGUUACAAUCGUCACAAUCAGCAAGGACUCCGGCGACUGGACCCUCCUGAACGACCAAGUGCUGCUGCUCUCGAAGAAGCAUGGUCAGCUCAAACAAGCUACAACGAAGAUGGUACAGGUGGUGAUGGGAUUCCUGGACGAGACCCCCAACCUGGAGGUCAAGCUCUCAGUCAUCUCCACGCUGCGGACGGUGACCGAGGGAAAGAUCUUCGUCGAAGUCGAGCGCGCCCGUGUCACCCGUAUCCUCUCCAACAUCAAGAAGACCCAAGGCGACCUCCAGGCGGCCGCCGAUAUCCUCUGCGAGCUGCAGGUAGAGACGUUCGGUUCGAUGAGCCGAAGAGAAAAGACAGAGUUCAUCCUGGAGCAAGUGGCCCUGUGCAUAGAGCGGGGUGACUGGACGCAGGCCACGAUCCUCAGCCGCAAGAUCAACAGGCGGUACUUCGCCCGCAAGCCGAAGAAGAGCGCCGAGGAGAUCGAGAAGCUGAAGAAAGAGGCCGAGGAGCGGGAGAAGACCCGCCAGCCCGAUGAGCCGCCGAUGGAGGUGGACGACGAUGUGACCGACCUGAAGCUGCGCUACUACGAACAACAGAUCAUCCUCGCCAACCACGACUACAAAUACCUGGACGUGUGCAAGCACUACCGUGAGGUGUUGGAUACGGACUCGGUUCAGAACAACCCCGAGCAGCUUCACGCGGUUCUUGCUCGCAUCGUGUACUACAUUGUCCUUUCGCCCUACGACAACGAACAGUCGGACCUCCUGCACCGGAUCCAGCAGGACUCGCGCCUGUCGUCGGUGCCCGUCGAGGCCCGCCUGGUGAAGCUCUUCACCAUCCACGAGCUGAUGCGGUGGCCGAUGGUGGCGGAGCAGUUCGGCCCGCACCUGUGCCAGACCGAUGUCUUCAAGGCGCAGCCGAGCCAGUCGGCGGAAGACCAGGCCCACCGACGGUGGCAGGAUCUCCGCAAGCGGGUGAUCGAGCACAACGUGCGGGUGGUGGCCAAGUACUACACGCGCAUCCAGAUGGGCCGGUUGACGGAGCUGCUGGACCUGGCAGAGGACGAGACGGAGAAGUACAUCAGCGAGCUGGUGACGUCCAAGACGAUCUACGCCAAGAUCGACCGUCCCGCACGGCUGGUCAACUUUUCGAAGCCGCGCGACGCGGACGACGUGCUGAACGAAUGGAGCAGCGACAUGAAGAGUCUGCUGGGACUGUUGGAGCGGAUUGAUCACCUGAUCACCAAGGAGGAGAUGAUGGCUCGGAUCCUUCCCACUCGGGGCGAGAAGGGCAAGGCUCGUUGAAAUAGUGGGAAACGAUGUACAACGAGAAAACCCGAUGUUAGAGGAUUAGGAAUGGUAUGACGAUUAUCUAUAGUAGUC